UUCCGAGCUGCUGUCCGCCGGCUUCUGUCUCCAUCCUGCCCAGCCCUGCCCAGCCUCGCGGAUCGUCUUCCUGUCGCUUGAUCUAUCUGUGCACCUUCUCCUCCAACCAUGUUCCCGAAGCUCAUUGCCCAGCGCGCCCAUGUCGGUUUCCAGGCCAGAUUUUUCUCGGUCUCACGGGUGAGCUCAUAUGAGCAUAUUCUGUCUUCCACCAAGGGACGGGUUGGCCUGAUCACCCUGAACCGCCCCAAGGCCCUCAACGCGCUGUGCACUCCUCUGAUGCACGAGCUCAACGAUGCCCUCGGGAAGUUCGACUCGGACGAGAACAUUGGCUCGAUUGUCAUUACUGGCAGUGAGCGUUCCUUUGCUGCUGGCGCCGACAUCAAGGAAAUGAGCAACCUGCACUUUCCCGAUACCUAUUCGCGCAACUUCUUGGCCGACUGGACGGCCAUCAACAGCGUCCGCAAGCCCAUUAUCGCGGCCGUCAAUGGAUAUGCUCUUGGCGGUGGAUGCGAACUUGCCAUGAUGUGUGACAUCAUCUAUGCCGGCGAGAAGGCCAAGUUCGGCCAGCCCGAAAUCACGCUCGGCACCAUCCCGGGUGCUGGCGGAACGCAGCGUCUGACCCACGCCAUUGGCAAAUCCAAGGCUAUGGAGCUCUGUCUGACGGGCGGCAUGAUCACGGCACAGGAGGCCGAGAAGUCGGGUCUGGUUGCUCGAGUCUUUCCUCCGGAGCAGCUGGUGGAUGAAGCCAUCAAGUCUGCCGAGAAGAUUGCCUCCUUCUCGAUCCCGAUUACCAUCAUGGUCAAGGAAGCUGUCAACCACGCUUACGAGCUGUCCCUUCAAGAAGGCUUGACCUUUGAGCGCCGACUCUUCCACAGCACCUUCGCCACGAACGACCAAAAAGAGGGCAUGAAGGCCUUUGUCGAGAAGCGUGCACCCAAAUUUACACACAACUAAGCGGUGCAGCUCGAGUGCUGUGGCUCUUGAACGAGCGAAUACUGUCCUGCAACGCACAUGCCAUAGCGUAAAUACAGCGAUAUCAAUACGCAUCAUUCACUGCCCUCCCAAACAAGCCCGCAGCCUCGUCAGAGAGCCUUGGAGCAGCCAAGGGACAACCGACACAGUGUUGGG